AGCAGGAGGUUGUUGGAUAGCAGGAGCGGAGCAAUGCCUAAAUCAAAGGAACUUGUUUCAUCAAGCUCUUCUGGCAGUGAUUCCGACAGUGAAAUUGACAAGAAGUUGAAGAGGAAAAAGCGAGUUGCUCCAGAAAAACCUGUAAAGAAGCAAAAGACUGGUGAAACUUCUAGAACGCUGUCAUCUUCCAAACAGAGCAGCAGCAGCAGAGAUGAUAACAUGUUUCAAAUUGGGAAAAUGAGACAUGUCAGUGUUCGGGAUUUUAAAGGGAAAGUUCUAACUGAUACCAGGGAAUAUUGGAUGGAUCCAGAAGGUGAAAUGAAACCAGGAAGAAAAGGUAUUUCUUCAGAUCCAGAGCAAUGGAAGCAGCUGAAGGAACAGAUUUCUGACAUUGAUGAUGUAUUAAGAAAACUAACAUCUGAGCCAUUUAAAAUUUGUACUGUUCUAGUUGUUUUAAUCUGCCUUUUUACAUUGGCUUUUAUUUUCUAA